AUGCUCCCCAUUGACAGCAGCGGCAGGAAGCCAGCGGGUACACCCGGGGCGCUAAGGCCUCCUGUUCCCGGAGGGGAGCACACUGGACACUUCCCCACAUAACUCCCAUCUCUGGGCCCGAGUCUGUACAUGGCGAAGUCCCCGGAGAACUCUACCCUGGAGGAGAUUCUGGGGCAGUACCAGCGGAGUCUCCGGGAACGUGCGUGUAGAAGCAGUCACCAACUGAAAUGUGGUCUGAAGGAAGGCGAGGUCGCUCCCGAGGCAGAUGCCCAGGAUCCUUCUUUUAGCGCCAAUGAAGGAAACGAAGACACUGGCGCUGCCUGGCACGAACUGCAGCACAGCCAUGCGGUGAAUCAACUCAAAGCUUUGUUGUACCAACAAGCAACUAAGGAAAGUGAGGUAUCUCCAUCAAGAAGACGAAAAAUGUCCCCUUUGAGGUCAUCAGAACAUGAGGAAACCAAUAUGCCUACUAUACAUAAUCUUGUCCCUAUCAUCAAUGACCAGUCUCAAUACAUUCAUCAUUUAGAGGCAGAAGUCAAGUUCUGCAAGGAGGAACUCUCUGGAAUGAAAAAUAGGGUACAAGUAGUUGUGCUUGACAAUGAACGGCUCCAACAAGAGUUGAAAUCUCAGAGACAAGAGGAAGCAAUGAGGGAGCAAACACUUCUGGAUGCAUCUGGAAACAUGCAGAAAUCUUGGAUUACAACAGGUGACGAUUCCAAGAUGGAGGAAGCUGACAAGAGCUCGUUUUCCCACGGCAAGGCAGAUGUUCUCAAAAUUGCAUCUGCUUUGGAGACUGACAAGUGCAAGCUAGAACUGGAAAAGCUGAAACUUACUUAUGAGGCAAAGAGUGAAAUCCUGGAAUCUCAAUUGAAGCUUUUGAGGAAAGACUUAGCUGAAUCUCAGAAAAAUUGUGAAGAUCUUAAAGAGCGACUAAAGCACAAAGAGUCUCUUCUUGCUGCUAAUAUUUCUAACCGUGUUGGUGGUCUUUGUUUGAAAUGCGCUCAGCAUGAAGCUGUCCUUUCCCAAACCCAUAAUAAUGUUCACAUACAGACCAUUGAGAGGCUGACUAAAGAAAGAGAUGACUUAAUGUCUGCACUAGUUUCCAUGAGGAGCAGUUUAGCAGACAUGCAGCAAAGAGAAGCGAGUGCUUACGAGCAGGUGAAGCAAGCUGUGUGCAUGACCGAGGAAGCCUGCUUUGAAAAAACGAAGGUUUUAAUCCAGUGUGAACAGCUGAAGAGUGAACUGGCGAGACAGACAGACCGGCUUCAAAAGGAGCUGUCAUCUCAGCAAGAGAAAAGGGCCUCUGAGAAAGACAUGAUGAAAAAGGACAUGGAAAAAGAACGGGAGAGCAUGAGAUCGAAGAUGUUGGCCCUGUCUCAGAAUAUUGCCCAACUGGAGGCCCAGGUGGAAAAGGUUACAAGAGAGAAGGUUUCAGCUAUUAAUCAACUAGAAGAAAUUCAAAGCCGGCUUACUUCCCAAGAAAUGGAUGUCACAAAGGUGUGUGGGGAAAUGCGCUAUCAAUUGAAUAAAACCAAAAUGGAUAAGGAUGAGGCUGAAAAGGAGCACAGAGAGUACAGAGCAAAAACUAAAAGGGAUCUUGAAAUUAAAGAUCAGGAAAUAGAGAAAUUGACAUUAGAACUGAGCAAAAGCAAGCAGCUUUUGGAACAGGAACGGCAGAAGGCAGCCCGGGCCAGAGAGGAGUGCCUGAAACUGACAGAACUGCUGGGCGAAUCCGAGCACCAACUGCACCUCACCAGACGUUUGAGACACGCUGCCAUACCCAAGUCCGAGGACACAGAGUCUGAGAAAGGAGAACAUGAAGCCACACCGCCGGAAGGGGGAAGGACAGCGCGGAGGAGGCAGGCUUUGAACUGGCUCCAUCGGACUCCAGAGCCUGUGCUUGAAACGCAUAUUCACCAAUAAGCACAAAAACGUAUUUCAGAGCUGAACAGAAACCUUGUUAUGGUUGUAAAAGCCCAGGUCACGGCCUGGGAUCAGGCCUCUUCCAUCUCUGUGUCUCCAGCACCAUGUCUGGCAUCAGGCGAAGUGGAGCGGGUUCUCUGUAAAUGCAGAAUCAGUUUGCCUCUCCUCUUUAUUGUUCGGGAAAAUUAAGAAGGAACCACACUCAUCGUCACGUGACACCCAGCUUAUAGGUCGGAAGACCAAGCUUCCCGUCCCUCUUCGUUUGAAGAGGACAGUGUGACAUUGACACAUUCUUCCUAUUCCACAGUGAACUUGGUCUUUUUUUCUACUCCCGAGUUUCUUGAAGAAUUUUUAGUCGAAAGUUUCCAUUUAAAAGUUAAGCUCAUUUUUUUUCUUGUGCUCCUUUCAUGAAUAAAUUAGGCAGAGAACAUGUCAAAAAUAAUUUUAAAUGGAUGUAUGUGUAACCAACAUCAGGUCUCAAAAUAGAUGGCCUUGGUGCUGUUUUAAAUCGUGUCCUCUUUUCCUUCCCUCACCCAGUAUCAGAGCGCACAGGCUGCCAGGGAGCCCGGAGAGAAAAGGCAUUUCGUUUUGCCCUGGUGGAUGCCACGUGGCCUGAGCCCGCUCUGCUCCACCUGUUUGACGGGCUAAGAACCCUGGUCUCCUGGUCUCCGUGAGGCCUGAGCCAGGAGAGGUUAGAGUCCCAGGCUGCUGCGGAGUGUGCCUCUGCAGGUUCUGCUUACCGUUCCCUGGCUCACUCCUCUGAGUUCUGGGAAGCCCACAUGUGUGUGCAAUGAAAGCCUAUGCUGGGGACAAACUCGUCUCCCCUGCCACCCAGGCCCACAGCCUGGAGCAUGGUGGUGGCAGCAGCCAACUCAUUUGCUCAAGAAGCCCAGAGGAAACAGAAAGAAUCGCCCACCCCACUUGCCCGCUCAACAACAAUGAACAUCACGUUCAGUGAAAAUAGGAGAAAACAAAAACCCAUAGACUUGUAAUCCUGGUAGCCCUAAGAAGGGAUAUUUUCUAAAAGAAAGUUCUGUUCUCCAAUAUCAAUUUAGGGUAAGGGAAGUACGAAAAGAAAUUCAUCAGCUGGAUGUUUAAUUUCCUCUUACACACCUCUUCCUAAAGGGAUGUGUGGAUUAGACCAAUCGUUAGGCGUUACUCAUUUGUUAUUUACAGUUUCCCCGAUACCUGCAGGUACAUUAUACAAUGACUCAUUGGUGGAUAAAUCCUGGGUUAAAGCUGAAGGAUUCUGGGAAAAGUAGAGGCUUGGAGAUUCUCCAGUCCCCUCAGUGGCCAUCUUGGACACUGUUCCUGGGUGACCAGGGCCCAAUUCUAGUAAACACAUUUGUAUUAAGCUCCUUAAUGUGUUAGAGUGGCUGAGCAGAGAAUAUAGUUCCCUGAACUCAGGAACUCAGAGUGGGCACCAAAUGGGUCAGAAAACAUUUGCAAGUGGCCCGAAAAGCCAGUGUCCAGCUGAGGGGAAGACCACCCCACCUUGGCUCUGCACAACCUCUCCGCAGCUGGCCUGGGUCACCUGAGGGAGGGUGGGGAGAAACAGGCAGAGCAUCACAGAGAUUCCUCCAGCGAGGACACUGGUGUCUAAGUGACGCGUCCCUCUGACACCUACGUUGUGUCAAUCUCCAAGAAGCCUCAUUCUCACCAGGAGAUUUGUCAAAAGAAUGCACCCUGUGUUGAGGGAGUCUUUGUUAUAAAUAUAACCACACCAACAAAGGAAGUAUAUAAAAUAAAGUAGCAAGUCACUGUUGGAAUACAGACAAAGUGUGGAGGUAGGGGGUGUUCAAGAUGAGGCACCCGAAGUGGCUUUUGGCAGUUAUUCGAGAUUUGCUUGUGUUCUGGUAACUGAUCUGCGGUGUGGUUCAGCAGAUGGGGCAUCACUUGAUCUUGACACUGGUCCUACUUGUGUUUCUGGUCAUCUUCUGUCACCUUGGGAACAAUCCCCUACCGCACUUUCUGUCCUACAGACCUGAACUGUGAUUUUCUGAGGGAAUGUACGAGAAUGAAAAUCAAUGAUACUCAUUCAGGUUUCUGUGAGCCUGAGGCGUUGCCCAUCUCUCCAGGGCCUCUAAUGCUUUGAAUAUGAAUUCACGUAAAAUAAGUAGCAGUUAAAUGCAAUGCUCGACCUAGAAAACUCCAGGGCAGUUGAGGCACAAGCAGCACUCAAGUCCUUUUUGCCAAGGUGGCGGUGUUGACAGAUGAGGGAUGCAAAGGGAGUACAUUGUUAAAUAGAUAACUCCCUAUUGUCUAACUCUCCAGUGCCCCCUUUGUCUUUAGAGGAAGGCCACUUGCCAUUUUGGAUAUUAACUGUUUGUCAAACAAGAGCUCAUGGAAUCAGCUCUGCUUUGUGGUGCUGAUGACAGUUCUUAACCCAUUUCUGAAGUGAGGCAUUUAUUCAGAAUCAUUCACUAUUGAAUUAGUCAACAGCAUCUGAGUUGAGGAAAGAUGGUAAUGAUAUUAAGGAAUAAUAAAAGUCUUCUAUAGGGGAAAUAGACCCUAUGUCAGAACUACAGAAGAACCCCAGUCCUACACUCAGGCUGACUUGCACAAAGAGAUUAUCUGUUAAAAGUGGGAGAAAACAGGAGACAACUCGUGUAACUAAUAAACUUUUUAGAUGCUGUUUCAUAUGUUUGCUUUUCAUUAAAUUCAGGAAUGGUUGCAACUAUGUUGUUGUGAUUCAGUCAACAUUUAUUCCUAUCUGUUUUUCAUAUACAAAGGCUUAGGGGUGCCAGAAAAUAAACUGUUAACGGAGAA